CAACGUCAUUUCCUCUCAUUUAAAAACCCUCGAGCCAUCAGUAGUAGAAGUGUAGCCUGAGGUAAAUAAGUGCAAGAGAUGAUUGUUGCUCCCCCUCACCGUCACUAACAAAAUUGAAGUCGACCGCCAUACCUCUGAACAAGACAAAGAGGGAGUUUUUGAAAUACGUUCCUAAAAACACCGGGCUUUUGGAUGGUAUGGCUGAGUCGAACAGCGCGAGUUUUCCUCACACGACACCGAACGGGUCCAGUCGCCAUGAGAAGAGUUUGGGUCUCCUCACAGUCAAGUUCGUUACUCUGCUUCAAGAGGCCAAAGAUGGAGUGCUCGAUCUCAAAGUGGCUGCAGACAGUUUGGCAGUCAAACAGAAGAGGAGAAUCUACGAUAUCACCAAUGUUCUGGAAGGCAUUGGGCUCAUUGAAAAGAAGACCAAAAACACCAUUCAGUGGAAAGGGGAAAGUUCAGGCUGCCAGCCUCAGGAAGUUCUUGAGCAGGUAGAACUUCUCAAGGCCAAUAUUGCAGAUCUGGAGAUUCAAGAGCGAGAACUGGACAUGCAGAAAGCGUGUCUGCAACAAGGCAUCAAACACCUAAAUGAAGACCCCUCCAGCUGCAGAUACAGCUACGUGACACAUGAGGACAUAUGUGAUGCGUUCAGUGGGGAUACUCUUUUAGCUGUCAUGGCACCAUCAGGAACACAACUGGAGGUCCCAGUGCCUGAGAUGGGCCACAAUGGUCAGAAAAAGUACCAAGUGAACUUGCGAAGUCACUCAGCUCCCAUCCAGGUGAUGCUGAUAAACAGAGAGACGAGCUGCUCCAAGCCUGUUGUUGUCCCCGUCCCACCUGUAGAUGACAUUUCUGCCAUGCCGACUCCUCCUAGUACUCCAGCAGGGCUGCAGAGGUUCCCCAUCUCUUCAGCAGAGCUCUGUGACCUAAAGCUCAAAGGCCCCGCUGCAGAGCACCAACUCACACCGUCCUCCACGUCUCCGGACAUGCACAUGGAGUGCAACUCUGAGUCCCCUGUUAGUCAGUGUUUGUUGAUGCAGGGGUCUCUAGGUGGUCCUGAAGAACAGCAGAGGGAGAUGGGGGGUCAGGAUCUGCAGUCCAUGCUGGAAGAAAUGAGAGAUGAGAGAGAAGGUGUUUCUAACCUUAUUGAUGAAUUGAUGUCUUCAGAUGUUUUCCCCCUGUUAAGACUUUCACCCAACCCUGGUGUGGAUUACAAUUUCAACCUUGAUGACAACGAGGGAGUCUGUGACCUUUUUGAUGUGCAGAUUCUUAAUUAUUAAAGCAUGAUUCACGCCACACCGGUCCACACUUGCUUUCAUAGGACAAAAGCGUAGGUAAUGAGCCCCCCCACUGCCAACGGCUGCAUUCCUGCCUCAGUGUCUGCUCCUUGAACCUUGGCUUGCACUCAGUUUCACAUUCAUUUACAUUUCAUCCUUCGCUUGGGUUCUUAAGUCCUCAACAGUGUUGUCCUGGGAAAGAUAAACCCCUCCCACCUGUACUUUAGACACUUGUGUGUCUGUUGUCUUUUUGUUUGAUACAGUUAUUAGUUUGCUUUCAGUUUUGUGACUUUGUUCAUUGUUCCUAAUGAGUGAUGGUGUAAUUCAUAGGGGUGAAUGGAGGGCAGUUGAAUGUAAUCUGAGGAAUUAAAAUCACCCAAACAUGACACACUUAAGUUUUCGGUUGUACACUUGUUGGAACAUGUGCCUUACGAUCAUCUCUUUGUUCAUUAUUUUUGUCCUUUCUGUGCCAUCCUGUCUUAUUCUUCACGAUACGUUAUAAACAGUUCUAGCUUUAUCUUUUUUAUCACAUAUUGUAAGCUGGAGCUCUACAAUUUGACAUGAAAAUGUAGAAUAUAAUUUAACAGCACACACACUGACAUUCAUUUGAAUAGCUCAAUUGUGUCUAACUAUUUAAUCACAACACUAAUUAUUUGUAUGUUGGUUGUUUUGAAGUCCAUUGAUAGAAACACUGUGACACUCAUCUGUGUAUAUUUAUAUUGAGUUAUUGUUUGUCUUUGUUACUGACUGCCAUGUUGGAAUAUCACUAUGCUGUUCACCUUGUUGUGAAAAGCUAAUUAUUUUUUUUAUUAUUAUUGUUUGUGUAGAGGCAAUCCUACCUAAUUUAAAAAGUGAACGAAUAUAAUUUGAACUGUAGUGUUUUUGAUUUAGAGGACAGAAAAGUGUUAAACUGCCUUGGAUAAUCUUUGUUUAUACAUUCUACAAGAUUGUGCCUUACACAGCUUUUUUCUAUUACUGUAAGUAACUUUAUUUUCUCUGUAUAGAUUUUCUAAUCAAAAGAGCAAUGUUUUUGUUCUGUUGCACUUUUCUUUUUUUCUUUUCUUUUUUUUACCAAAGUUUUAUAUAUAUAAAAAACACUUGCUAUUGCUCAAGGAUUGUGAUCAUUUAUGUUUUGUGUGGAAUCUCGUCUUGGAGUAGAAACUUAUUUGUUUGUAACACCAUAAUAUAUCACACAUGAUGCA